AUAUAAAUUGGGAGAGAGGGAGCUGCUUGGUUCUUCAUAACAACAAUCAUUCCCAUUUAACAUUUGGAUCCGUUCGCUGCCCCGGCGUAAUUACAAUUGUACCCUUACAUGUUAUGAUAUCUCCGGGUCGGCGUGCACCACAGAGCCGAAGCUCUUCCAUAGCUCUCGGCUUCCCAUGCCUCAGAUACGUUAGGUACCGCCGUCUGAGGUAAUCCAAUUAUCCAAAAAAAAAAACACCACAUAGCCCUCUCUUUUAAUUUGUGUAUAUAUAUUCCCUUCUUCUUUCUUUGAGGGGCUGUGAUUCGAUACGGUAACCACCAUGCCGAGUCACAAGAGCAACCGUAGUGGCCAGAUCGACACUCACCGGAAGAAUAGGUUGUCCAAUAAAUCCUCAUCGUUCCACAGCCACAACGCCAUGACUCAAGCCGCCGCCGAACUCCGCCGCCCGAGGACCUUGCCUGACCUAAUUUCAUACCGGAACGCUGCUGUGGUGUCACCGGAGGUUACGCCGCGUCAACCACCGAAGAUUCUCCUCAAGGUGACGUUGCUAGGGAGCGUGGCGCCGGUUCAGCUCCUUAUGAGGCCGGAAUCCACCGUCGGCGAUCUGAUAUCCGCUGCUGUCCGCCAGUUCGUGAAGGAAGGCCGCCGUCCGGUCCUCCCGACCGAUGAACCAUCCGGCUUCGACCUUCAUUACUCUCAGUUUAGCUUAGAAAGUUUGAAUAGGGAGGGCAAGCUGAUAGAACUUGGAUCUAGGAGCUUCUUUUUGUGUCCGAGAAAGGUGACUCACGGUGGCGCUGCCGUGGAAGGAGGUGUGACGAAGACGUAUGCGUCGUGCGCCGAGGAGGCCGGAAAAGUGAGGGAGGUUAACGGUGGUGGUGCCUUUGGUUGGUUCAAGCUCAUGCAUUUCAUGCUGUGAUAGACGAUAUGUAUAUGAUCCUAUCCGCAUGAAGACAUGGAAACAAAAUUAUAUAUCUAUAUAUGAAUAUAUUCUUGGUUAGUUGCCGUUCGGAUACUUUAUUGUUUUGAAAAUUGAUCAAUCCACUACUUUUUUUUUUUUUUAUUUCAAGAAUGAAUGGCAGGUUAAAAGUAUUAUUAGUUGCAUUUACAAAUGUAUAUAGGUCGUUAUUGAGUGAGUAGAGAGUUUGAGCUUAGGUCCUGACUAUGCCAAUCCAAAAUAGAAAAAAUGUAUUAGUCUUGGCACGUUUGCAUAUGUGAUUAUUUUCGGGUGUAUCUCAUAUAUGCAAAUUGUAAAGCAAAUGUGACCAGAUGGAAUAGUUAGUAUGAUCUA